CCACUGGUGACAUGUCUGCUGUACAUACGGGAGCUGCUGGUCUUUGUUGGCUACUGCAGUGACAUGUCAUUGUGUGUGUUCAAGCUCGACCCAUCUUCAAACCACCUAAAGGAGCUGUCACGUACCAGCUGCAACUACACCAUAAAAUGCCUGGCAUACAACGAAGAAACCGGAGAUCUGAUGGCAGGCGGCGCCAACUGCUUCAUUACAUGGAAACUUACCAGUCAGAAUAUACGGGAGCCAUUACGGAGGUCUACGACGGUGUGCGUACUGCUGCGACAGAACGAGUGGGUCUACGACAUCCAGCUGUAUCGACGCACCAAGCUGCUGUUCGUAGUCUGUGACUUGGGCCUGCAUGUGAUCGACUACACUAGUGGACAGGAGGCUUUCUAUGUUCCCAUGGGCAGGAACGUGUCACUGACCCGGUCAGUGUUCCACAAGCGUAAUGACUAUUUCAUCACGGGAUUCACGGACGGAUCAAUCCGCGUGUGGAACUGUGUCGUGUUCUGCACAAUGCACACAUUCCACGGGCACCGCCGCGCCAUCACAGGCUUGGAGGUGUACGGCCCAGAACAUUUGUUGUUUUCUGCGUCCAAAGAUGGGACCUUGCGCAUUUGGAGGCUCGAUACCUUUGAAUUGACACAGCGUGUUGAUCUUGGGGAGGAGGUGUUGGGCCUUGGCCUGAUAGGCAAGAAGCAACUGUAUUACAACACAUCUAACGAGGUGAAAGUGUGGGACCUCAACAUGAGUCACCGGCUCUUCUGUCCUGUCAACUCUACCGUCAGGAAGAUGCUGAGAGUGAAGCAGAAGGGCUUCCCUGCCCGCAUCCUGUUUGCUGCGGAGGACGGUGGCGUGCGCAUCGUGUCUCCGGCGUCCGGCACGCUGCUCACGAUGAUUUACCCGAUGGCUGAUCUGCAGGUUUUCACAGAGCUUGUCUACCGUCGCCGGCAGGAUGCUGUGUAUGCUGUGCACAUGUCAGGCACCGUGAUGGUAUUUAGUGGCAGCAGCAAUCCAUGCAGUGUCUCCCACUGUCUGAAGCCUUCCCACCCGGACACCCGUGUACUGUGUAUUACAGAUGUGAUCCUGGUGGCGCCGCUUAGCGACGGAGCGAUGCGGGAGGAUGCUGUGAUCUUCGCAGGCCAUGUGGAUGGACAGUUGUCGCUGCUGGAGUCAGACGUUGUCGUCAUGACGCCGGCCCGCAUGCAGGCGCACAGUGGCGAGAUACGCAUGCUCAGUGCUGCCCCCUGCAGCAACGGUCGCGACGCAUUGCUUGUGUCCUGUGCCACAGACAACAUGAUGAGAAUCUGGCACGUUGCCGUAGCGACGGACAGACGUGUCAGCCUUUCCUGCAAACACAGGUGA